AUGGCGGCAGCAAGUUAUAGUUCCUCGAGCGAACCUGUUGCUGCUGCACGUUUUCAGUUCAUCUCGGUCCGCGACUCGAAGGAUCGGAUUACGAGGCGUCUAGCUCGCUCGCAUGCUGUAAAGCAAGCACUCGAGAACAAAAGAAAGCUUCAGCAAGAGUCAAGGGACAACUUCCGCGUAACGACUUCGAAAGAUAGACCUAGAAAUUUGAUGACCAAGAAAAGAACAUGUACUAGCUCUCCAACCGCGUCGCUUCUGUCCCCCCUGUCUGCAGGCACGCUCGAUCCGUUCCAGACGCUUGCGGUGGAUUCGUCGAGAUUGCAGACACUGCUUGGCAACUACAAAGCUAGGCAGGCUCCGGAGCCAGUCUUUAGUGUUGAGGAAGAGCUUGCAUUUCAGAACUUUCGCUCAGUUUUCCGAACUGGUUUAGUUGAUCCCGCUCUUCAAAACGCCGUUAUGCUCUCCUUUGCAUUCGCGGUAACUGGGGGCAGCAUUGACCGAGAAUGUCUCGGGUACCAGGGUCAGGCAAUCAGCUAUAUUCGUGAAAAGAUGAGUUCCUUGGACGAAGCUACUUCAGAAUCAACGUUUGGGGCUAUUUUACUGCUAGCUGGGGUGGAGGCUCGCCUUGGGAUGACCUCCCAGGUUCAACUUCACAUGGGGGCAGUGCGGCAGCUGCUUGACAUCUGUCGCACAAAAGGCGUUUAUCUCACGGGCGGAAUCAAACGGGCUAUAUUUUGGCAAGAUCUGAAUUCGUCGAUUUUGGCAGGAUGUACUCGCAUAGUUGAUCACACAACCUUCGCCGAGCUUCAAUGGACAAGAGAUCCAUUCUCCCCACACUUCUUUCGGCUGCCACCAGGAUUCCAGACACAGGCCCAUCUACUCAGCAAAGAAUUUGUUGAAGUACUUGAAGAUGUACAUGCAUUGAAAUGCAUUCGAGACAUUCCCCAUACCACAAAAAGCGAUGUGUCGCUAAUGGCACAUAUCAAUAACCACACGGCAUCUAUCCAAUCCCGGCUCUCCCAUGUUUCCUCAAAAUUACUCCGCGAGCUACAACGGGCGAGCAACGAUCCCGUAUGGGACGACCAUCACGACCUACUACUUUGGCUUCUAUACAUCGGCGGAGCAUUUGCACCGAUAGGAGUUGUACGCUCAGGCUACGUUGCAUUGCUGCGUGCGAAUAACGCUACGAGGUUCAAAGACCUGUACAGCUCAUGGUCAGAACUGGUCGAAAUCUUGAAGCAAUUCAUCUGGUCCGAAGACGCAUUCAAGUCGCAGGUCAAGGCUCUCUGGGAAGAAACUUCAAGCUAA